AUUGACACUGGAAUCAAUCAUCUCUACUGAGGUUCCAGACUGCUUCGGCCAGCCAGGGCAGCUAGGUCGCAGGUGACAAGGCUAAGACAGUCACCUUCAGAAAGAGCUGUAGAGAGGCCAUCUCCUUGGCUCUGGGUCGCCGUCCUCGGGAUGGAGCUGGCAAUGCUGAAGACGCUGGUUAUGUUGGUGCUGGGAAUGCACUACUGGUGCGCCUCAGGUUUCCCGGUGUACGACUACGACCCUUCCUCUCUGCAAGAAGCUCUCAGUGCCUCAGUGGCUAAGGUGAACUCGCAAUCCCUGAGUCCUUACCUGUUUCGGGCGACGCGGAGCUCCCUGAAGAGAGUUAAUGUCCUGGAUGAAGACACACUGGUCAUGAACUUAGAGUUCACCGUGCAGGAAACUACAUGCCUGAGAGAGUCUGGUGACCCCUCCACCUGCGCCUUCCAAAGGGGCUACUCUGUGCCAACAGCUGCUUGCAGGAGCACAGUGCAGAUGUCCAAGGGACAGGUGAAGGAUGUGUGGGCUCACUGCCGCUGGGCGUCCACAUCCGAGUCCAACAGCAGCGAGGAGAUGAUUUUUGGGGACAUGGCAAGAUCCCACCGACGAAGAAAUGAUUAUCUACUUGGCUUUCUUUAUGAUGAACCCAAAGGCGAGCAGUUCUAUGACCGGUCGAUUGAGAUCAUGAGGAGGGGACAUCCUCCUGCCCAUAGAAGGUUCCUGAACCUCCAACGCAGAGCAAGAGUCAAUUCUGGCUUUGAGUGACAUCCUGGAGAUUCCAUGAAAGAAAGAGAAGCAGAAGCUGAAAUGAAGGACAUGGAGAACCGUGUCUUUUUCCUUUGAUAAGCUCCACUCUUCAAUAAAGAUCUUCCCCUUCCUGUA